UCCUCACAAACCAUGCACUCUCUCUCAGUCUCCGGCCAACCUUCGCUGCUCUGUCAAUUGGAAUGGAAGAGCCUCAACCAGGUCCCUGACUCCCAUAUAUGGCCGCCCGAUCUCCUCCACCACCAUCCUACUUCCAAUAUCAUCCCUCCCUCCUCCUCUAUGCCCAUCAUCGACCUCACCGCCGCUGAUUCUGUUGUCAUCCCCCUCAUCGGCAGAGCAUGCGAAACCUGGGGUGCCUUCCAGAUCACAGGCCACGGCGUCCCCCUCAGACUGCUAGACCUCGUGGAGGCUCAGACGUGUCGUCUCUUCUCCCUGCCCUCCGCUCACAAGCUCCGCGCACAACGCAGCCCCUCCGGCGGCGUCACCGGAUACGGACCGGCUCUUAUCUCCUCCUUCUUUUCCAAGCUCUUCUGGUCCGAGGGCUUCACCAUCGUUGGCUCCGCUCAAGAAGACGCCCGCAAGCUCUGGCCCAACUGCUUCAACGACUUUUGUAGCGCGAUGGAAGAAUAUAGCAAGGGGAUGAAGGAUCUAUCGCGGAGAGUGAUAGUGCUGAUGUUGCGCUCGUUAGGUCUCAGUGAGGAGGACAUAGAUGAGGUCGGGCCACUAAGAGGCCAUGACGAGGUGGAGCCCGUUCUGCAGCUCAACUACUAUCCGCCCUGUCCGGAGCCUGACCGAACCAUGGGCCUCGCUGACCACACCGAUUCCAGCCUUAUAACCAUCAUCCACCAGAGCAGCUGCGUGACCGGAUUGCAACUCCUGCACCACGACGAGUCCGACAAUCCUCGGCCCCAGUGGGUGGAGGUGCCACCCAUUUCGGGGGCAUUGGUCGUCAACGUUGGCGACCUCUUUCAUAUAAUCUCCAAUGGCCGCUUCCACACUGUCAUUCACCGAGCGAUCGUCGACCGCACCUGGAGCCGCAUCUCGGUGGCCUACUUUUGCGGGCCUCUGGCCCAUUUUAAGGUCGGGCCCAUUCAAAAGAUCGUUGAUCCGAAUCAGGGUCCGGCUUAUCCAGGCAUCACAUGGCCCAAGUACUUAAGUCUUAAGAAGAAACUCCAUAACGAGACGCUCGCAUCCAUAAGAUUGCCCUUGGCUGCUAAGAGACAGGACGACGAGAAGAAAGUAUUAUAGA